AUGGAAUCCGCUCUACCCACCGCUCGUUUGGUUCACCUCUCAAAAUGGGCCAGCAAGGAGGGCUACGGGUUCACAGUGAAGGAAUUCAAGGACAAGAAAGAAUAUCGUGUAAAGACUCUGGAGGCUGAUAUGCCUGCAGCGGCUGCCGGCAUCAUGGCAAAUGACUGCAUUAUUGAGGUCAACGGCAUCCCAACAAGUACCCUGGAUUAUGCUGGUUUGGUGAAUGAAAUUAAGCGGAACCCCCAGAAAGUCGUCUUAAGGCUCCUUCAACCUUACGAGAAAGAGUUGAUUAAAAAACGCGGUGUUGACGUCACAUCGAAGGCGUGUCCCGUAGAAGUUGUGAAGGGGCGUAGAGAAAGCGAUGACACCACAAAGAUGGUCGCUGAAAAAAUGGCUGCCAACACCGUGGAGAAAAGCCUCAUUCGCUGCGACGCAAAUACCGCCGUGACCCUGUGCAAACAAAGACUCGACCUUCUGUCCUCAUUAUAA